GAGUCUGAGGGCCUCAGAUCAGGAACUUUAUCUGGCUGGUAAGUGCAUCGGCAUGCUGGCUUUCUUGUGUGCGUGUAUGGGCAUUUGGUGAGCAGGAUAGGAAGCUGCAGGAUCCACACACCAGGAUGAAUUAAGUGUGCACACGUCUCCCAGGAAGGACCAUGGCUGGGUUCUACGGUUGCCUGAAAAGUAAAAAGUGGGUAAAGCAGAAGAAGGGACUUGCCAGUUUGUCCUUUGACUACAUCAUGGCUACAGGACCAACAGAGGUCACACAGUCACCUGAAACAGGAGACACACUUGAAGAAUAUACGGGAAAGAAAAAAUCCAAAUUUCAGACUUUCAAGAACUUCUUUGCCAAGAAGAAAAGGAAAGAACCUCCACCUCCCAGGGGAGAGAGUAAUUUAAAACCUUGCCAGUCCAGCAGCGAUGUCAGCAUCUCCGUGCUUGACACAACUGCACUUCAUUCGCCGGAGGAGGCUGGGCCCAAGGGAAGCAUGGGAAACAAAGCCUUGUCCCAUGACAGCGUCUUCAUUUUUGAGUCUGCACCAGGAAAUGUGGCAGGUGAUCUGUUGUCUCAGGAAAACAUACCUGGAAGAGUGAAAACUUUGCAGCUUCAGUUGCAACAGAAUAUCAGACUUGGGUCACCUCCACUUGUUAUAACUGGAAAGAAACUGGAAGAUGCAGGUGCUGUUUCUGAAGAUGAUGGUUUACCUCGAAGCCCUCCUGAAAUUUCAACCCUUCAUGACAUUCUGACAGAUUCACCAAGCAAGUCCUCCAACCUUGUUCAGCGUCAUAGCUCUUUGAGUUUAGGCGGGACAGACAGUGAAGAUGAACAGGUACCUUCUGGAGCUCCCUCCAGGCCCAUCAGCCCCUCAUCCUCUGCCACUCUGGGGGCCCCUGGCUCAAGAGGCAGCAGCUUCUUUCCCGUUGACUUCACCAUCCCUGCCAGUCCCCUUGGCUGCCUUGACACCUCAGCAGCCAGGCACAGGAUUGCCAUAAACCCCCGGAAACAGAAAGGCUUUACAAACAAGAAUCAGCAACACUCCCAGGUGGAACACCUGGAAAAUGAGGCAUGUCUUCCUGUAACUCUAGAAAAGAAGGGAAAUUCAACAGAAUUGCUUGAGAGUGGCCAGCAUAAAAGUGAUUGUGAAGGAUUACCAGCCCAGGUGGGAUAUUGUGCAAAGGAAGGCAGUUCUAAGGAGACUUCAGGUGUAAAAAGUUCCACUGAUGCUGCUUGCAACUCUUGUGAUUCCACAGUUGUAGCAGAAGACUCCUGUACUUUGCUAGAAGAGGAUGCAUGCCUCCCAGAUGUGGACCAUCACUGUAAAGCAGCUUCACCCCUCUUAAGACCUGAGCCUUCUCCAGUGAACCUGGAGGAGCAGCACAGUGCAACAGUGUUGUACUGUUCAGAUGAGUCUGCUGAUGAAUUGAAAUUACACCAGCAAAACACCAGUACUGGAGCAUCUGCACUUCCAGAAUUGCAGCAAAUUGAAGAAAAAGCUGUUGUUUUUCCAGACAUACUAGCAGCUGACUUGCUUAGCAAUGGCAUGGAAACAGAGUGCAUAGAUAUAUUGGCACAUGUUGCACAAAGGUCCUCAGUAAAUUCUGUGGACCCAAAGAUCAAAUACCAAGAAAAGGGGAAUCCACUGUUUAUUGGCAAAAUAGAAGCCUCCUUGGGUUCUAGUGAGAAUCAUUCCAACCACGCUGUCUCAGAUAUUGUACCAAGCACUUCACAGUUUGCAGUAGCCAAUUCAGUGUCCUCCUCUCACAUCAAGACAGUGGCUGUUUUGAAGCCUGAGAACAGUUCAGUAACAAGAAAUGACACAGAAACUUGUGAAAUAAUGGAAUUUGAGUCAUCCAAAAGCAAUGCAGAAAAAAACCCAGACACUGCUGCAUCUGUCUCAGAAGCAGGUUGCCAGCUACCUCGAAGUAAACUGGAAGUAUGUUUUAAAGCAGAAGUUGUUUCUGUUUCAAAAGGUGACCAAGGCAGUCAACAGGCCAACACUGACAGGCAAGCAGCGUACGUUUCUGAAAAUCUGUCCAUUGCAUGUCUUGCCUCUUCAAGUUUGGCUGGCUUGAAGAGUAGCAUCUCUUCUGAUGAUGACAGUAAGAACCAGCAGACAAGCAGUACACCACCUCAUGGAAAAGCAGUGGAAGACAGUCGAUCUUCAGAUGAAAAUGUGAAAACUCCACUGAAGACUGCUUCUGCUAAACCAGUCAGAUUCACCAUAGCACCAGCAUGGCAAAGAUCUCUCUCAGCAGGCUCAAAUUCAAAGGAAGAUUCCUCUACCAGAAGUUCCCCAACGUCUCCUAUAAGACCAGAGUUGUUUGAAGGAGUGACAAAAGAACACGCAUGUUUUGAUGCCACCAUCCAGGAAUCGGCAAAAUCCAACUCUGAUAGAUUUGAUCGAGAUUGUAGGGACAGCAAUUCCCAUCUGAAUUCUUCUAUGGAGUGGGCUGACCAUGAAGCACAAAGUGUUGAAAACCCAUUUGGGGUCAGACUAAGGAGAACGUCGUCUUUACUAAAAUACCAGAAUGAAAGCCGUGCUGAGUGUCCAAAGCUGAUCCCUUCAGCUGUUCCCACUGCUCCUUCUGCUUCAGUCAAAGAGGAUCAGAAAUCAGUGGGCACAGGGAAAACAUCUCCAGGCCUUCCUGUUCGCACAAAAUCAGUUGCUAAAAAAACAGAUCUGCUAGAAGACAAAAAUCCUCCCAAGACAAGAUCAGAAGAUGUGGAAAAGAAGCAAAAUGGGCAUAAACUGUCAGAAAAGGUCUUCUCUCCACAUUUGGAAUCUGCUCCCUCUGAACCAGCUUGGGUCUUCAUGGCAAAACUAAAACAAAAGGGUUUCCAGGACCACCCUCUUGCCAAAGAACAUAAAUCUGAAGACAAAGCUUUGAGCAAAGCAGAUCAAGAGGAGCAAGGGAUGUGUGGUAGUGAGAACACGCUGAAGAAGAAUAUGCCUUCCUUGAGCUCUCAGGACAAGAAAACACAAAUGAAGACCAGUGUGUGUGCUGCAGCAGGUAAAGUUGGACCUAUUGCUCAGGAAGCAUCUGUGAUUCCUGCUGUUGAGAAGGAAGCAAGACAUUCCUCUAACCUGCCAAUGACACCGUGCAGCCCUGCUGAACCACUGUGGCUAUCCCUGGCCAAGAAGAAAGCCAAAGCAUGGAGUGAAAUGCCCCAGAUUGUACAAUAGCAAAUGACAUGAACAUCCCUUUGUAUUGCCAAUAGCUGUGUUAACUCCACUUAAUCCCUUCUUUACUGUGACCAUUUAUUUUGAGAAAUAAGAGCCUUAAAACUCUUGAUCAGACUGUUGUAUGUAUAUACACAAUGAAGAAAUGCUAUUGCAGGCUUAAUCUGAAGUAUUAGGAAGCUGAGCAUUUCCUACUACCAAAUACUAGGAAAACUUGAUCAAUUUAUUACAUCCUUACACAUCUGACAGUGCUGUUCUAAGAAGAUAUGCUUCAGGCUUUUGAAACCUUUCCCUUGCAAAAGAUGUUUUUAAAGUUUCUGCAGGCCAUACAGUAUUUUGUGCAAUGUAGCUUUGGCUAAGAAGUUAACACAUGCUAUAAAGUAGAUAUAAUGAUGGGCACUGACGCAUCGUGACUCAUGGGCAUUGAGAUCAUCACGCUUCUUUCUCUGAUGCUCUGGGAUGGGCAGUCUGAUUUUGCUUCUGAUUGUUAAUGGAUCUGUUAUGUGAUAGCUGUAAGCACUAAACAGCACUGGGAGUUCUGGCUUUUGGGUGGUUUGAAGUCUCAGCGCUGUGGGUCUUGUUCUUUGCUGAUUUAUGUCCUCUGGAAUGGCCCAGAGCCAUGCACUUGUACUCUCCAAUGCACUGGAAAACCAUCACACUAACGUGUACUCUUUUGGUUACACCUUUGGAAAUCUGAAAUAAUUUGGGCAUUCUACUAAAAAAAAAAAAAAAAAAAAAAGAGGCAUUUUCUUUCAUUUUGGCAAAUAGUGAUUUAUUCUGCAUGAGAUUCCUCAGCCAAUUGUCUCUCUUAAAGAGUGCGUUGAGGAUGGGAACUGUUUGCUGCCUAGAAGGUGGCAUCUUGUUUUCAACAAAUGCAGUCUACUCUCCAUUUUCAUGUGAAUAUGUGUUCAGUCAGUUGUGUUUAAUGCUAGCGAUAAAAGGGGCUUCUGCUUUCCUCCUUGCCUCAAUCGUCUUUAACCAGUAGCUCAACAUCAGUCUCAGAAUGUGCAGCUGGGAAAGGAUUAUUCUCUCAGGGCCUGACCUUGCAGUCACUCAAGUUGGCAAAAGUUUUGCUAUUGACUUUGAAGGAAGCAGACAUUUGAAAAAGCAGCUUUGUAAAAUGAUGCUAGUGGCUUGAGUGGCAGUGGCACUUACUGGUCCUUGUCAGGUUUUGCAGCAUUGCAUAUUUAUGUAGCUUUUAGUUACAGUCAGUGCAAAAUUUGAAGGCUGACUUGGCUGAUGGACAGUUUUUAGCUGGAAAGUUGGCAGGAAUUUUUGAGGUAAAUAUUGUCUCUUGAUAGACUUAAUUGUAAAACAAAAAGUUAGGUUUGGAUCAGCUCAAUCAAGGCUUUAAUCUUCCAGUCUUGGCCUGAAUUUAAUAUGUAGCUCUUGCAAUUUGAAAACAGUAUUAAUUAGGAGCUUGACUGUAAUUUUCUUUUUUCUUUUUUUUUCUUUUAUUAUUAUAUAGGUGCAAACUUACCCAGGUAGGCUCACUGAAGGUAUAGAUAGUGUUUAUUUUGUACUACCACCAGAAAGAGUUUCACGCUGGUUUGGUAAUACACACUUAUUUUACUACUUAUUUUUCUCUAUUUUAGGAAGCAUAUCUUCACUUACAAAGAACUGAAAGAUUUGUAUUUCUCUGAAACGUUUCAGCAAUGAGAAUGAACAUACUCAGCUUUGAUUCCCGAGGUUCUGUACAGCUGCCAUCCCAUCACAACCUUACUGAACCUGUGUAAAAUACUUGCAUUUCUAUAUUCAGCAAACUCUCUUUUUAUUAGUGUGGAUUGAGACCCUUCAAUCAAAGUGCUGCAAAUGACACUAUAAUCUCUCUUUCCCUGCAUUUGCUUUUGAUCUUAAUAUUGUUUCUGUCUUUUAUGUUUGGUAUGUAUAUAUGUUUUUGUAAUCCUUGCCUCGAAGGCACCCCUUUUGUAUUCCAUUCCCGUAUUUGGUUUACAAUUAAAUGCUGUUGCCAGUGAUGAAAUAAUUGCUGGGAAGACUGAUAGAUGGCCUUCACUCAUUAAGGAAAAAAUAAAAAGAGGUCUUUGGUCAA